CUCAAUCAGUGGGAAAAUGUUGGACACAAUGGUGACUGAGAUUAAACAGUCCAAAUAUUAUUCCAUCAUUUUGGACUGUACUCCCGAUGUAAGUCACCAAGAGCAGAUGUCAGUCAUCAUAAGGACUGUCAAGAUGGACAAAGCACCAGAAAUCAAGGAACAUUUUAUGGGAUUUCUUGUGGCUUGUGAAACAACAGGUCUUGGUUUGUCAUCUUUGAUUUUGAACAAACUGAUGGAGCUGAACAUUCCAUUUGAUGAUUGUAGAGGACAAUCAUAUGAUAAUGGUGCCAACAUGAAAGGGAGGAACAAAGGAGUUCAAGCCAGGCUCCUUGAGAAGAAUCCUCGUGCACUUUAUGUUCCAUGUGGGGCACAUUCCCUAAACUUGGUGGUGGCUGAUGCAGCAAAAGCUUCAACAGAUGCAAUCAGCUACUUUGGCAAUGUACAGAAACUGUACAGCCUUUUUUCAGCAGCACCACAAAGAUGGGCAAUCCUAAGGGAACAUGUCACUGUUGCACUCAAGACUUGGAGUGACACAAGGUGGGAGAGCCGUAUUAACAGCAUAGAGGCUGUGCGGUACCAGGCCUCUAAUAUAAGGGAAGCAUUGUUGGAGGUCAGGGAAAAAGUGACAGAUCCUCUGACCAAGGUUGAAGCCCAAAGUUUGGCAGAAGAGGUUGGGUCAUACCGAUUUCUUAUCUGCACAGUAGUAUGGUAUGACAUUCUACACCAUGUGAACCAUGUCAGCAAGCUCCUGCAGUCUCCCAAAAUGCAGCUUGAUGUGGCAGUUGACCUCCUCACUAAGGCAAAAACAUCUCUGACUAAUUACAGAGGAACUGGCUUUGCUUCAGCUCAGGCCUCUGCUAAAGACAUGUGUGAGGAAAUGAAUGUGGAGGCUGUCCUCAAACAGAAAAGACUAAGAAACACAAAAAAGCACUUUGCCUAUGAAGCCCCAGAAGAGCCUAUUGCAGAUGCCUUGAAGAGGCUAGAAGCAACAUUCUUUAAUGUUGUUGUUGACACAGCCAUUGGAUCCUUAAAGGAUAGGUUUGAAACACUAGGUGAAGUGAGAGACAGAUUUGGAGUGCUGCUCAAUUUCCAAAAACUGGAUGAUCAGGAAUUGUGCAACCAGUGUGACAACCUCUGCGGGACAUUAAGCAGUGGAGAUGAAAGUGACAUUGAUGGAAAAGAGCUGGCUGUGGAGGUCAAAAACUUGCCAAGGUUGCCCUCUGAUGACAUGACUGCUCUUGAGCUCCUCACUUUCAUCCACAAAAAACAUUUGGAGGAACUGUAUCCCAAUCUGUGGGUUGCCCUAAGAAUCGCCUGCACUCUGCCUGUGACUGUGGCCUCAGCAGAGAGGAGCUUCUCAAAGCUGAAGCUCAUCAAGACCUACCUAAGGUCAUCCAUGGGACAGGAUCGCCUCACUGGUCUUGCCAUAAUCAGCAUCAACCAUGAGACGGGCAAGCAGCUGUCAUAUGAGGAAAUCAUUGCUGACUUUGCAAAUAAAAAAGCCAGGAAGCAGACAUUUUGAGGAGAAUACACUGUGACUGUUACUGUGUGUGAGACUAAGUGUUGGUUUGUUUUUAUUG